AAAUUUUACUGUUUUUUUUUACUGUUGCUGAAUGGCUGCUUGAUAAACUCUGGAGUCUGCUUUUGUCGAGUGGCAGUCUUCUUUCCAGACCGUUUCGUUGGGUUAAUCUGUAGAGCUUGUUGCACUGAAGCUGAUACAGACAUGGAUGAAGAAGAAGAUAGAAGCUUUGUCUCACGAGCAGGCAUCGAAGAUAGUGACCUGGAUAGUGAUGAAGCUGACAUGAUACUAGCUGGCAUAUAUUUCGGAGACGAUACUGAGGAAGCUUCGGAAGAAACUGGUACAGCGCUGACUCGUCAACUUCCCACUCCAGAAACUGACGAGGCAGCCGGGGCAAAUUUGGCAAGAGAAGUUGAUGGAGAUUGUGGUGAUUCAAGAGAAGAAGUUGACGAUAAUGUUUCUAUCAAUCCCAGCAACAGCACUGGCAGUAGGUCCACGUCCGCGCUCGGAACACCAUCAGACUCGGUGUUUCCUUCGGACAUUGAUGAGUAUGAAGUAUUGGACGUCGCAAAUUCGUCCAGUGAUGGGGAGUACACGCGCCUGAUGGAUGCUGCAUGCCGUCAGUCUUCGAGUGAGGACGACGAUGAUGAUAGUGAUACUAACUCCUUGUCAGAUAUUGAGCCUGGUAGUAUUGUUAGCAAGGCUGGCCAGAACUCAUGUGCUGCUCCACACAUUGCCAUGGUGCAUGCAAACCGUGGCCUAGCCAGUGAAGAGGAUAGUAGUGAGGAGGAGCAAUCUGAUACGGAGCGAACAAAACUAGCCAGGGCGCUGAGCUCACUGCGUGGUCUGGAAGAGCGGCCUGUUUUUCAUGACGGUCUUCUCGUGACUACCAACAAUACGGAUGUAAAGGCUAGAGAUGACUUGUGGUGUAUCAACAGCACUGACAGGAUGCGGUCAACGGCUGGUGGCCGGUCUCGCUACUAUACCAAAAAGAUGGUCUGCAGCAACUGUGAUGGGGAAGGACAUGGAUGGAAGCAGUGUCCCAAACCUAAGAAAAAGCGUCCCUGUGUGAAGUGCGGCCUCAAGGAUCACCCAGAAUGGAACUGUCCUGAUGAAAUUUGUUAUCGGUGCAUGCAGCCUGGUCAUCGAGCAAGAGAUUGUCGCCGUGCACGUGGGAGAGGCAUGUAUGAGCAAUGUGAACGUUGCUUGAUGCGUGGCCACAGUGCUGAGUUCUGUUCUGAUCUUUGGAGGCAGUACCAUCACACAACAAGCUCAAGUGCUGACUUGACACGUGGAUCAUCGCGGCCUGUUAAGGAUCUGUACUGUUACAAUUGUGCUCGGAAAGGUCAUCUCGGUCAUGAGUGCACAAGGGAGCGUUUAAAUAACUUCAUGCCAAUGCUGCCAUUUGUAGCUGUGUACGGCAAGUCACACAGUGCACCAAGCACACCGAAUCGGCGCAUUGCUCAUACCCCCAGGCAUCGACAUUCCAUGGAUGAUGGCACGUUUGGGAAAAUGAAGAAAAGAAAAAGUUUCGCAAGCAGAGGGGAAGAUAGCUUUACUCAGCGGCGUACGUCACAUCACGAGUCAGCGUCAACAGCAUCACAGAAUGGUGUAAAGAACCAGCACAAGUGGUUUGACGAUGAUCUGAGCAUAGAGCCAGCAAUGGAUCCACACUCAUCCCCUCCUGUAGACGAUAGGUCUUUUUCAAAGAAGAGUAAGAAGAGCAAACGGAAACAUCACCAAUCAGAAGCAGGCGAAUCAUUCACUUCGGAAAACGUCGCUCAAUUCCUCGCUACGGACAUUAGUGAGAGCACAGCGUGCGACGUUGGAAAGAAGAAGAAAAAGAAGAAGAAAAGCAAGCAGGGGGCUGAAGAGCCCUCAUUACCACCGCAGACUAACAAUGACCUCGACCAUAGCUGGUCAUCUGAGCGGCAAGUUUUCCAGCCUGCAACUGCCAGCACACCUCAUCACAAGCAAUCACAUAAGAAGGCUAACAAGAGCUUCUCUGGGUAUGAAAAGAAACAGAACAAGUCUGUCCGGAAGUCGUGGUCCGGCGAUAAUAAUCACCACCACCAGCAGCAGCAGCAGCAUGAACAACAUCACAACCGUCAUGAUUGGUCGGCUAACCGUUCACCUAACAAGCACUGGCAAGGAAACAAUGGCGGCCAGUGGGGUCCAAACCAGCAUCAGAAGAACAGCAAGAAGAAGAAUCGGCAUAGAUCCUUUGAAAAUGCGCCAGAGCAACCUGAGCAGCGUCAUAUGAAUAAUGAUGGCACAGUUACAGCUGCCGCACGGGGCAAGAAGGCACGAGCAUCAGCAUCGCGUGGAUUCAAGAUGUCUGCUAAAGGUAGCCGAAUUGUCACUGGUGAUAACUAAUGUUGCAUAACUUACCUCUGUUCACUGGUCUCUGUAGAGACCAGUGGACAGUUUCUAUAGGUUCUGGAGGGAAGUUGAAAUUCACUCUGGAGCCUCACUCAGUUUUGACCUAUACACACACUACGGAAGUCAGAUUGUCCGUUGGUUGUUUCGUACUCGUCUGUUUCAUAUUGUGUGUAUGUACCAUCACCGCUGCACAUAGCUUGGCUAUCUAUUGUGAGCAGUCUGCUGCUCCUGCUGCUAUGUAUUUUCCUGUUCUGCAGCGUACACACACCCCAUCUAUUUUUAUAUCAGCAGAGAUUUUCGUGGCUAUGCAAUGUCCAUAUAUGGACUGGUUGAUAUUUUUUUACGUUCAGGCCAAUUUAUGAAUCUGCUCUUACAAUUACUUCGAAGUAGUUAAAGGGGAAGUUAAGGCUAAAAUCAAAUUUUCA